UUUUAAAUAUUUUUUCAAAGGUUAAAAAUUAAAUUUCUAAAGCCCAUCUGGGCUGGACAAGAGUCUUCAACACAGACACCUCACCUGAACACCUCCGACAUGAAGCUCAUUCAUGUUUUAUUACUUUUGAGCUUCCACUUAAAUCUUUGCAUGGUUACAAGAAAAAGCAAGGUGACAAAGAAACUGGAACCUGAGCCGAUUGCACUGUCAGAUUCACCUCAAGAGGAUCCGUUGGACAGCAAGUGCUUACUGAAGAAAUACACACACCUUUCCUGCACUAAAGUCUUCUGUCAGCCAUGGCAGAGGUGCAUUGAUGGAAUCUGUGCUUGUAAACUCCCUUAUCAGUGCCCAAAGAAUGGCACCACGGUGUGUUCAGCCAAUGGAAAAAGCUACCCGACUUAUUGUCAUCAGAAAAGCUUUGAAUGUCUUCGUCCAGGGGCAAAGUUCUUAAAUCAAGGAACAUGCACACCUGAAGGAAAAUUUAGUGUUUCCUUAAGCUAUGGGAACACAGAUUCAGAGGGAAUUGUUGAAGUGAAACUUGUGGACCUGGAUGAGAAAAUGUUCGUAUGUAAAAGCAGCUGGAGCAUAACUGAAGCCAAUGUGGCCUGCGUUGAUCUUGGAUUUCAACAGGGUGCUCUUGGUACUCAAGGAAGGUUUCAUCUACCUUCAGAUCUCCAUAUCAACACCACUGAAUGCCUGCAUGUGCAGUGUCGGGGAUUAGAGAACACUUUAGCAGAGUGUACUUUUACCAAGAAAAGAACUAAGAAUUACCAGGGUUUAGGCGGUGUGGUGUGCUACACACAGAAUACAGCUUCUCCAACAAGUCAGUCCUUCCAGUGCGUGAAUGGGAAAUACAUUGCUCAGGAGAAAGUGUGCGAUGGCGUCAAUGAUUGUGGAGACCAGAGCGAUGAACUGUGCUGUAAAGAAUGCCGAGGUAAAAGCGUCCUUUGUAAGUCAGGCGUCUGCAUCCCCAGCCAGUAUAAGUGCAAUGGUGAGGUGGACUGCAUUACAGGAGAAGAUGAAGUUGGUUGUGAAGGAUCCAGACUUCCUGAAACUCAAGAAGAAAAAGAAAUAGAAGAAAUAGAGCUUUUGACUCCUGGUAUGGAUGUGGAAAGAAAACUGACAAAAUCCUUACUGCCUAAAAUGUCCUGUGGGGUCAAAAGAAACACACACAUUCGAAGGAAGCGAGUGGUCGGAGGAAAGCCAGCACAAGCGGGAGACUUCCCAUGGCAAGUGGCCAUUAAGGAUGAUGAAAAAAUCAGCUGUGGGGGAAUUUAUAUUGGUGGCUGUUGGAUUUUGACUGCUGCACAUUGUGUCAGACCCAAUCGAGCACACAUUUACAGAAUAUGGACCGGAUUUCUAAACUGGAUAAGAUAUGAUGAGGACUUAAUGGUUGAGAGGGUGGAAAAAGUUAUUGUCCAUGAAAACUACAAUGGAACCACCUACCAAAAUGACAUAGCUUUGAUUGAAAUGAAAAAAAAGCCUACCCGCAAAGAAUGUGAUAUCUCUAAUUCCAUCCCUGCCUGCGUCCCCUGGUCUCCAUAUCUAUUUCAACCUAACCAGAGAUGCAUCAUUUCUGGCUGGGGGCGAGAAAAAGAUAACCAAAAAGUCUUUUCACUUAGAUGGGGUGAAGUCAAGCUAAUAGGCAACUGCUCUAAGUUUUACUCAAAUCGUUACUAUGAAGAUGAAAUGCAGUGUGCAGGUACAGAAGAUGGUUCCAUCGAUGCCUGCAAAGGGGACUCUGGAGGCCCUUUAGUCUGUAUGGAUGCCAACAACGUGACUUAUGUUUGGGGCAUUGUGAGCUGGGGUGAAAACUGUGGAAAGCCAGAGUUCCCAGGGGUUUACACCAAGGUGGCCAAUUAUUUUGACUGGAUUAGCUAUCAUGUAGGAAGAUCUCUUAUUUCUCAGUACAAUGUUUGACACUGUGAUCUCCAACAUUCUACACUUACUCAGGAGUUCCAUUCUGGUUGAAAUAAAACUGUAUAAUUAGUACUUCUCCAGGGGAAAAAUAAUGCAAAGCUUAUGUCCUAUUGAAACUCUGCUGUGUAAUUCUCAAAUAAAAUACUUUGGUUAAACAUACACGAUUUUGUUGUUGUU